CUUUGCGACACCGGUUGACACGUCGGAGGGCCGCGCCCGGGGGCGGCUUUCGUGGGGUCCCGGCGAGCAGACCUCCGCACCGAGGCCGCUUUGUAGCUGGAAGGGAGGGAUGAGUGGCAGCCGGUAGACAGCUUGGGGCUUUAAAUCACAAUGAGACUUAUAGUUCUGGCCACUUUUGCAGAGCUGGUGCUGUUGAUGUGUGAUGGGAAAACGGUGACUGGAUCUUUCGGCAGUGAGAUUGCGGCACGGAGUGGUGGGCAGCAAGUUGCAAAGUUUCUGUUUCAUGGUACAAAUGGUUUAGUAAACUGCAAAAUUGACAACAGAACAGUGGCCAUUGACAAAGGUGCCAAGCUUUACCUCUUCCAUGAACAGGCUUGGCUUAAGCUACAGGAGAAAACUGGAGAAGUGAACUGUUUGCUGAAGUUCUCUGAAGCCCAGUUGACAAUUUCAUUGGAUGAUGUGGAGAACAAUCAAACCCUUUCUCAGUUUCCAUACCCUCAGGCCUGUUGCAUUGUGUAUGCUGAUAAAUACACAUGCUCAGAAAAAGAAUUUGCAAUGGACAACAACUUUGCUGCAGAGACUAUCAAGUUUAAACUUGUUUUGCUGAACCCAGAUGUAGCAAACAAUCCACUGGAUCACUUCAGUGCGGAGGAGUCUGGGUUACAUGACUUCUACUUCCUUCUGGUAUUGGUUUACUUCAUAGUCGCCUGCAUUUAUGCUCAACCAAUAUGGCAAUCAAUUAAGAAAGAUGGACCGAUGCAGAGUAUGCUGAAGGUUUUGUCUGUUGGAUUAGUGCUGCAGGCCAGUGCAGCAAUCACCAACUAUGUACACCUGUCCAGGUACUCGGUGGAUGGAAUUGGAAUUCCUUUGCUGGGAAGUUUGGCUGAAUUAUGUGAUAUGAUCGCACAGAAUCAGAUGCUCUACAUGCUUCUGAGUUUAUGUAUGGGAAGGACUCUGGGUAGAAUGGGAAGAACCCAGAGUAAACUUCUGGAGUGGGACUCAACACCAACAUCAAAUAUUAUUGCAAUUGCAACAGUCAUUACUCAGGGUGUUUUAUUACUUUGGGAGCAAUUUGAAGAUAUUGAUCACCAUAGCUACCAUGCAUACAAUGGCAUGGCAGGUCUCCUGCUGAUUGUUUUACGGGUGUGUCUAGCCUUGCUCUUAACCUCUAGUCUUUACCAGAUUAUUACUUUGGAAAGAAGUGUACUUAAGAGAGAUUUCUACAUCACAUUUGCUAAAGGCUGCAUUCUUUGGUUGCUCUGCCAUCCAGUCUUCAUAGCUGUAUCAGCAAUGUUUGCCGAGUACCAAAGAAAGAAGAUUAUUGUCAUUACUGUCAUUCUCUGUCAGUCUGUCUCCAUGGUCAUCUUGUACAGACUCUUCCUUUCUCGGAGUCUUUUCUGGGAAGUUUCAUCACUUUCUUCAGUUACAUUGCCGCUCACUAUGUCAUCUGGGCAUAGAUAUCAUUACAAGUCCUAGUGAUGAAGAUGUAGCUAAAGAAAGAUUCACUACAUAUAAUAUAUAUUGAAUUCUAAUAGCAAAGCUGUGGUUUUGGGUAACAUUUUAAUACAAAUUAUUAUGUACCAAACCAAUCAAGACUAAGUCAUUUACAAAGGCUAGUCCACAUUACAUGCACUUGAAUUAAUAAAUUUAGGAUUGUGGACACAAUUUUUCAGAGCAUAAUCUGCCACCAUAAAUGCUGCAAAUAGAAUCAUCAUGGAAAAGAGUAUGACUAUGUUUAUUUCAAAAUUUGUUUCUGUACCAAGAUUAAUGAAAUGCAAUUUACAAUAUUAUGUUUUUAUUCUGUUGUAUUAUUGAUAUCAAUAUAUUUGUACUAUAAAUGUUAACAACUCAGUCAAUGGGAAAACUAAAUAUUAUCAAAUUAAGUACUUUUGUUGUUGAGGUUCAUAGGCAUGUUUCCAUAAAAUAUAAUUUUUUUUUAUCAUUUUGAUCUCCCCUAGAAGCAAUUGCACAACUUUUACUCAAAAGAGGAUAGUGAAUUAUUUCUAUGGUGCUACAUGAUCAUGUACUCAUUAGGUGGAGAAUAUUUUCAUAUUUUUGUAACAAAUAAUUUCUUGAACUCCUCCCUCUUGUGACCCUGUUGACAAAUUAUCUAUCUUGCGUGUUGUAUAGAUAGGUUCAUCAGCUUCAUUACCUCCAGGAUAUUUCAUGAUAAAGAAUUAAACAAUUAAACAGAAUGUUGGAAACAUUAUAAUUCUGACAGUGAAAUUGAUCAUUGAUAGUAGAAAUGAAAGAAUUAUUUUCCAUAUUAAAGUGCCUCUGUACACUUACAAUAUCAGAUUCUCCAGAAUGGAAAAUCAUAAAACACUACCAGCACUCUCAUAGUGUGGUUGAAGACUCCUAAUCAUGGAUGUAGAUUUGCACAUUGGCACCUGAUGUGUGAACAUGGGCACAAGUUCAAUUUUCACCUUGGGUACACUGAACAUUGAUAUCAUUGUGAUGUUUAAAUAAUUGCGCAGAUUAGACACAGUUGAGAUUUCUAAUUUGGCUGUAUGCUGAGGAUGGAUGAUGAUCUCUAACAGUCAGUAGAACCAUUUUCCCACUGACUUUAUUUUUUUUUAAUUUUUAUAAUUAAAAUUUCAACACUUGAUGUAGACAACGGUUUUCAGUCUUAAAUUAUCAUUUUAAGUAAUUCUUGCAAUACAAUUUCUAUGCACAUUCAUUCCUCCUGGCCUACAGUCUUUGAUAUGCAUGGUCAAUUGGAAGAGAAACUGGGUGUGGAAUUAAAUUCAUAACUGUCCAACAAUACAGAAGUUUCUUUGUUUAUAUGUAGGUACAGGCGCAUCUUAUGUUUUGAAGUUAUUCAUAGAUUGUUUGCUUUGUAAUAAAUGAACAAUUGCAUCUGAUAUGUUUUGUACAUAGGAAAGGAGUGUGACACAUUUGCAUUGGAAUGUUGAUAUUAGCAUGCUCAAAUAUUAUAAAGGCACAUUUCUUUCACAAAGAAGUAUUCCUUUCAACCAUUUUUUUCAAAAAAAGGUUGUAAUUUUUUUUGCAGUUUAAUUUACCUAGAUCUACAAUACAAGACAGCUGAUUAUGCCAGUUUUAGUUGCUGCAAUUAUGUCUUGUUCUACAUAUUUAAGUAGUAUGUUACUUAAAUAUGUAUACAUUUUAAUUAUAAUUUGUCAUUGUUGAUAUUUAAAUCUAUGAAUAAAGACCCUAUGCAUCA